AUGUAUUACCAGACUUUAGUGCUGUGCUGCGUGGCCCUAGCCUCGGCCAACGAAUACCAGGACGCUUUGAAAAAACUGUGGAGUAAAAACAGUGAUUCCCAAAUCGAUGUCACCAGUGCUUCAAUAGUUAUUAAACCUUCCAGUUUCGAAACGAGGGAUGCAAGAAUCCCUUACACAUACAAGCGGUAUGCCUUCAAGCCUCGCGCUAUUCCUCUAAGGACUGAAGCGCCCCAAGUGGAAAGAAAUGUGUAUUACGCCGAUGUCAAGAAUAAAAGCAAUAUACUUUUCCCUGGUAAUUAUAUCCCAAUUGCCAAAGAGAAAAGUAAUUUGACGGAUGAUGGCCAGUUCCAAGUUAGAGCAAUACCCUUGAUCAGGAGAGAUGAGUUCGAGAGGCGGUCGUUGGAUGUCGAGGAACCGAUUAUUGAGAAGCCUGAGGGAUUCUCAGAGGCGACCAUCUCAAGGAGAUCACUAUCUUACAUAAUGGGUGAGGAUGAAGAUGAAGAGGACGAAUUCGAGGAUGAUGAUGAUGGAGAUUUUGAAGAAGAAGACGUCGGCAGCAUCAAAGGGCAAGAAGAAGAAAGACAUAAAAACAAGAGAAAGAAGAAGCUCAAGCCUAAAAAGCUGAAAAAAUACAUGCUACCACUACUAUUGGCGUACAAGAUGAAAUAUUUUGCUUUAGUACCAGUGAUGAUUGCAGGACUAGUCCUUCUGAUAGGAGCCACAGGUCUAGCAGGAUUCUUCUUUGCAUUAUUUGCAGCAGUCAUGGGAUUACAGAAGGGAGGAUAUUAG